CAUGCACGCGCACAGAUAUUGCGCCUUGGUACUUCGAGGCAAACAGAAAGUCCAGCAGCAGUAUCAGUAUCAGUAGACCUGCUUGUUUUUUAACCCUCACUGCCAGUCUUCGGGCUUUUCCACCACUGAACCGUCGCUAUGUCUCUGCCCGCCGUCUCCAGGUUGUUCAGGAGCGCGCUGAGGACUCAGAUGGUCCCUGUGGCCAACUGGUCCGCCAAACCUGCCAAACACCACAUUUCUGCAGGGGAGCAGGCGAUAGUUUUGAUAGGCAUGUUUACUGUCAUCCUGGGCCCCUCCGGCUGGAUACUGGCCCACCUGGAGGACUACAAGAAGAAGCAGUAAAAGAGGAGAAAGGAGGAGGAGGAGGAGGAAGAAGAAGAGGGAGAACAGAGAAUCCUUCAGAUGAAGAUGCAGAUCAGCUGACCAGUCAGCCCUCUCUCCCUGCAGCUCUCUCGCUCUGCUCCAUCUUUCUUCAGCUGAUGAGACCACAUGCCGGUUUCCAAAACUUGUGAUCUGUGACCAUGUACAACUGUGCACCUAUCAACUUCUUACCAAUAAAUACACUUUCAGUAUGUUGAAAA